CGGUCGUCACAUCACAAAAGCCCAGCAAAACCCCAACGAAAUCCAAGUGCGCGAGCGCAACACAGCCCGUAACCCAUCCACCCACCCUCCGACCCCGAGCUCGAGGAAAGCGAGGCGAGAGCUCACGGCGGCGAUGGCGGCAAACCUGGAGGACGUGCCGUCGCUGGAUCUGAUGCACGAGCUGCUCCGCCGCAUGAAGUGCAGCUCCAAGCCCGACAAGCGCCUCAUCCUCAUCGGUCCACCGGGAUCUGGCAAGGGAACACAGUCUCCUCUUAUUAAAGAUGAGUAUUGCUUAUGCCAUUUAGCCACUGGUGAUAUGUUGAGGGCUGCUGUUGCUGCUAAGACUCCUUUGGGAGUUAAGGCAAAAGAAGCAAUGGACAAGGGAGAGCUUGUUUCUGAUGAUUUGGUUGUUGGGAUUAUUGAUGAAGCCAUGAAGAAACCUUCAUGCCAAAAGGGAUUUAUUCUUGAUGGGUUCCCUCGCACUGUUGUUCAAGCUCAAAAGCUUGAUGAGAUGCUGGAAAAGAAAGGCACUAAGGUCAACAAGGUUCUUAAUUUUGCAAUUGAUGAUGCAAUUUUGGAAGAAAGAAUCACUGGACGAUGGAUCCAUCCGUCCAGUGGUAGGAGUUACCACACAAAAUUUGCACCCCCCAAGGUUCCUGGCGUUGAUGAUGUCACUGGAGAACCACUGAUUCAAAGGAAGGAUGACACAGCUGAGGUUUUGAAGUCUAGGCUUGAAGCUUUCCACAGACAAACUGAACCGGUGAUUGACUAUUACUACAAGAAGGGCAUAGUGGCGAACCUUCAUGCCGACAAGCCACCGAAGGAAGUGACUGCUGAGGUCCAGAAAGCCCUAUCUUGACGUGCCACCAUUUUGGAGAUCAAAUUGAGGAACUCUAAUUAGAUCUUAUGUUGUAGAGGUCCAAAUUGAUACUGACAUGCCAAGACUUAGAGUUCCUAUUUCUUUUCAUCUGACACUGAUCAGAUAAUGAGCAGAGUGAACUUCACCAGUUUUUUUUUUCUUUUGUAAUAAUCUUCAGCAUGAUGGGACACAAUGUUUUGUACCAAUGCUAUGACAGUGAGUUCACCCUUUCGAAUUUUGACAGACUCCUUCAGUUUA